AUGAGCGCAGACUCCAAGAUACAGCGCAUGAACACCUGCAUCCAUCAGACUGUGGAGGCCGACACAAACAAACGCGUCUUGUUCGCCCAGAUUUUGGCCAAAUUGGACCAUUAUUCAGAUCGACUUCUUGCUCAAGUUUCAUUGAUGAAACGCACUAGACCAUAG